UUCAUUUGAAAACGCAGACAAACGAGCGCUAACAAUCCCAGGUUGUAAAUGUGACCGAAGCCCAGUACUCGCCUGAUUGGCUCGGUUUGACGUGUGAUGUCAUCGCUUAGGAGGCCCUGACAACUUGGUAAUAAAACAAUACCAAGAUAAGGGUAAUCAACUCCUUAAAACCAACAGAACGCAGGAAUACUACGCCUGAGUGGACACGUAGACGCAGGAGGAAGCACACAGUGACAAAAGGACACUGUAUUCAAUAGCAGGUGCAGUAGCUACAGCUUGAGGAGUCGUACCUGGUGGGAAGACGAACCAAAAAAGAGGAGGGCAAAAUCAAGAGGAUCUUUUAAUACUUGCUGGAAAAUAAGAGGGGGAAAGAGAAGGAAAACCGUGAGAAAGAAAAUCUGAUAAAGAGGAACCAAGAAGAGAGGAAGGACAGAUAAAGGAACUUUUGAUUCAAAGAGGGCACUUCUGUCUGAGUGCACGAUGGUGUCUUUGGCUCUUGAACUGGUGGGCGUCAUCCUGUCGGUGGUCGGCGUGGUGCUGAGCGUGACCAGCUGUGCUUUGCCCAUGUGGAGGGUCUCCGCCUUUAUUGGCUCCAACAUUGUCACAGCGCAGGUGUACUGGGAGGGCCUAUGGAUGAACUGCGUCUUCCAGAGCACGGGGCAGAUGCAGUGUAAGAUGUACGACUCCAUGCUGGCCUUACCUCAGGACCUGCAGGCCGCCAGGGCUCUCACCAUCGUGUCCAUCAUCGUGGGGGUGGUGGCUUUACUCAUAUCUGUGGUGGGAGCAAAGUGCACCAACUGCAUCGAGGAUGAAGGGGCAAAAGCCAGAGUGAUGGCCGCCUCUGGGGGCGGGUUCAUCACAGCAGCUCUGACCCAGCUGGUGCCAGUUUCCUGGUCCGCACACACCAUCAUUAUCGAGUUCUACAGCCCACUGAUUCAUUCCGGUCAGAAGAUGGAGAUCGGGGCGGCGCUGUAUCUGGGCUGGGCCGCCGCCUCAUUGCUGCUGAUUGGAGGGUCCAUCCUCUGCUGCAGCUGCCCUCCGAGGGAAGAUACACCGACGAGGUACAGCAUGCCCCCCCAGAGUCGCAUAGCCUACUCCGCCGCACCGAGGUCAAUUGCUCCCAGCUCCUACAACAGGAGGGACUACGUGUGAGGGAAGAGGAGAGGACCGAGGGGAGAGAAGGAGGAAUUGGGACCUCCAUUAUACUUUUUACAGAAAUGUAGUGGAAAUAUUGAUUGUCUUAGUUUAACUAGAAGUAGUUGUUCAAUGUAAAGAGUUUUUGAGACAAACCAGUUUGAGGACAUUUAGGAUCAAUAAUGCGUGUAAAUAUGAAGGCAGUUUUGGAAAAAUAGAUAUAGAAGCUCUAUAUAGAUGUUUGAUGAUACUGUUUACAAAUAUCUUGGUCUAAAUCAAGUUUCAGAAGAUUUGACCAAAUAGGAGAUGUUUAAAAAAGUUGUUCAUGUGGAUGAGGAGACUUUCUCCCAUGUAUAUUUAUUAUUGUUCCUUUACCAUUUACGUUAUAAAUAUUCUUUAUUGUACUGACCAGUGUGUACAAACCUGGUAUCAUACUGUCAAAUAUUGUAAAGCAAGUAAAGACAUUGUUGAUAAUUUAGUCGAGCAAAAUGGAGCUCAAUUUGGGCUCCAAAGCAAGGUCAACAUGGCGAAGGACUGUACAAAGAAGUGUUGUUAAAUGAUCAUGUUUGAUAUGUCAGUGAUUUCCUAUCUCUUUCACAUGAUAUGGCUGUGUUUAGACAAUGUCUACAUGCUUUUAUAUAACAUGGGUUUCGUUUCAUUAACAUAUGUUUGCCUAUAAUCAGAGAACAUUUUGAGUUUGCUUUAAGAAUGCAAAUGUUUUUUUAAAUGAUUAAAAUAAC